AUGUGUUUGAGGAGGUCCCUGGCCGGCCCCGCUUUCUGUGCCUGCUACCUCGCUUCUUACCUCACGAACAAGUAUGUCCUGUCUGUCUUGAAAUUUACUUACCCUACAUUAUUCCAAGGGUGGCAGACGUUAAUUGGUGGACUUUUGCUUCAUGUGUCAUGGAAACUGGGCUGGGUAGAGAUCAACAGCAGUUCAAGAUCUGAUGUUUUUGCGUGGCUUCCUGCGUCCGUGCUGUUUGUGGGUCUCAUCUAUGCUGGCUCCAGGGCGCUGUCCAGGCUGACCAUCCCCGUGUUUCUCACUUUGCACAGCGGAGCUGAGGCAAUCGUCUGUGGGUACCAGCAGUGCUUUCAGAAAGAGAAAAUUUCUCCUGAAAAGACCUGUAGUGCGCUCUUCCUGCUGGCCGCCGCAGGGUGCCUGCCCUUCAACGACUCCCAGUUUGACCCAGAUGGAUAUUUUUGGGCUAUCAUCCACUUAUUCUGUGUAGGAGCUUAUAAGAUGCGACGGAUGCCCCAGAAGCCCAGUGUGCUAAGUGACAUUGACCAGCAAUACUUAAACUACAUAUUCAGUGUGGUGCUGCUGGCCUUUGCAUCCCAUCCCACAGGUGAUCUCUUCAGUGCCCUGGAGUUCCCGUUGCUGUACUUCUACAGAUUCCAUAGCAGCUGCUGGGCCAGUGGAUUUUUAGGAUUCUUUCUCAUGAUCAGCACAGUGAAGCUAAAAAGCACUAUGGCCCCAGGGCAGUGUGCAGCCUGGAUUUGUUUUGCAAAGGUCAUCACAGCUGGUGCAUCGCUGCUGCUGUUUGAGGUGAUCCUGACCAGGGCAACCGUGGGUUGCCUCUUGCUCGGUGCACUUGGAGAGGCCUUGCUGGUCUUCUCAGAGCAGAAAGGCUCAUAAAAAGGUGGCCAGCGUGAGAGGGGACCUCGCCAAUGACCACCUGGAGCGGACCAUCUGUGUUGAGAAUGCUGGGCAGAGAAGAGCAAGGACCGUGAGACCAAGCCAGGACCCACGCAGGCUCUGGCCCCGGGGGAUGCGGCAGUUGCUGGCACCAUGAAGGCUCGCUACUUGGGGGAGAUCAAGAUCUGGAGGCUUCUGCAGUGGGCAGCCUCCAGCCUGCCUUCUCCUGAGACCGUCACUGGCCCCAGUUCUGCAGAGCCUGGACAAGCCAGAUGUCACGGGUGGCUUAGCUCCCCUGGGCUGACGGGCAGGACUACGGCUACUGCAUCUCCCUCACCAAGCACUGCUCUUGACACAGGGCUGGCUGGCUGGGGGUCCUGUGGGGCUGUUUUGUUUUGUUUCUGUUUUUCACACCUUUGGAGACACCUCUGGCACCUCCUUGCCCUGCCUUCUUGCUUGCUGGUCUGGAGCUCACCUUCACCCUUGUGGACACAUGGACAGCCCUCAGAGGACUUCAGCUGAGGGAUGAGGGUGGAGAUGGAGUGGAGUGGUAGUGCUCGGUCAAGUGAGAAGUCAGUUAAGACACAUUCAUAAGUUUUAAAGCCUUUUUGUGGUCGAUGGUGCUUUUCUCGCUGGCUGAUAAACUUCUCGUGGCUCUCGUCAACGUGCCAGGAUACGCCAACUAGUCUCCAGGUGGCACUCAGUGCUCAGGUUGCUAAAGCACUGAUGGAGGGCCUUUGUGGGCAGGAGAACAACAAACAAACCAUAUAAUCAACAGAUUCCCCCAUUCUGCCAAUCCAUUUAAACCUCUGGUAUCCCGAGGAGAUUUGAGAUCACUGAGCACUGAUAUAUGUUUUCCAAGGGAGAUUGAAAACUAGAUUAAACCCCUAUAUUUGCCUCCAUGAGAAUCUCAAAAGGAAUGAGCUUGCAAAAAAUGGUAAUUUGAUUCAGAAGAGUGAUAAACUCCUGAUUCUGCUGCUCAUGAAGGUUUCUCAGAUACCUUCCUUCUCAGCCAGGUGUGACAGGUUGUCUGGGGAUGCAGAAGGUCGGGAAGUUCAGGAUGUCUCCAUGCAGGGAGCCAGGCCUGGCUGGCCACCCGCAGCCCUGCGGAGAUUAGGAUCCGUUCAGGCAGCGGGCAGGUGCACUUUCUCCAACUUGCUGAAAAAGAAAAAUGAAACCUAACAAAUAGGCAUGGAUUUGCAUAUUAGGAACUCAAAGAUUUCAGAUUGCUCUUCUGUGUUUGGCUGGUCUCUGCUCACCGUUUAGGAAAUACGUUAGCGUGACCUUCACAGCUAGAUCAUGUCAACCUGCUUUUGUCCUUCAUCUGGAUGAGAACAAAGACAAACACCUGGUUUCCGGCUUUCCCAGAGGAAGCCCUGCUGGCACUGUUGGAGAAGCAGACUCUGAGUCGGCACUGCCCCGAUACAGUGGGUUUUUGUUGUUGUUGUUUAGAGUGUCAUCUAUCAAGGAGUGCCACUUGGGAAGUCACAACCCUGGCAGUGCGGCGGGUAAGUGCUCACCCCCAAGCGGCUCCAUGUCCGAAAGACGUGACGGUCUGAUCCUGUAAGUCACACUCACUGCCAUCAGGGAGAUCGACUCCUGAGGACCCUGAUGAGAGGACGGGAGAGCCGUUCCUUAGGGUGUCCCAGAUAGUAAGUCUUUAUGGAAGUAGAUUGCCUCCUCUUUCUCUGGAGGUAUGUCUGGUGGUUUUGAACUGCACACCCUGUGGUUAGCAACUCAGUGCUUAUCCCACAGGAGCACCAGGUCCCAUUUCCCCCUGGCCUUGGAAACCCCGUGGGGGCAAUUCUACUCUGUCAGAACCAAGUCAACAGCAGCAGGGCGGUUUUGUCUUGUAAGGCUGGAAGGACAAGUAGAAUUGACUUUAAAACUUUGCUGAAUUUUUUAAGAUGUUUUUUAAGGCUAUCAAUUAUAGUUUUUAAGUUUUGUUUUUAAUUACAUU